CUUCGGCGCUGAUUGGUCGUGGCCUUGGAAGGAAUUGGUUGCAGAAAUGCAAAACUUGUUGCUGGUUCCCUGAAACGCGCUCGCCUCACGCUGCGCCGAGCGCCAGACAAGAGUAUGUGAUCUAUCAACGAAUCGCUUCCAGCUGGAAUAGACCAGCCUCGACUCUGGUGUAGAAGGAGCCACUGGAAGAGGACACACACGUACUGUGCGCGUACGUGUGCGAGUGUGCCUUGUUGUGCGCACGAAAAGAAAAAGGCUUUGCGCGUAGUGUCGGCAUAGGAGAAAUCUUAGUUUUCUUUCUUUCUUUUUUCUUUUUCUGCAAAGUGAAGUAGUUGCUCUGAAAAUGGUAAAGCGCGAGAGGACUGUGCUGUCAAGCGGCACUGUACUGGCGGAGUUCGGGUAGUGCGUGCCCUGAACCUCGGCCGGAGCUCGAGGACAAGGUCGCGCACAAGGCUCUGGUAUUAUUUCAUGUCACACGGAGCGGUGUUCUCCUCUCGUCGCCUGCACGAGUAGUCUACCCUCAGCAAUAUCCGGAUUUUGCGGCUGAUCAAGCACACCAUUACGGCGACAAUUUAAUGGACUGCAUAAGAGAACCUUCCGGAAACCAUUGGCGCGUAGCCGUGGAGUUUUUAAUCGGGAGUUGACCUUACCAAAUUCAGCUGUAAAUUGUUUUUUUCUCUGGACAAUAUCAGCGUGAAAGUGUAGGACACCAUCACCAUGGAUUUUUAAUGCAGAUUUGAGAUCCCUCGUCCCGGGACAUUUUGCCAGGAGGUGGAUUUUUUUUGCAGGCAAAUGGCUACUCUCAAGUCAACAACAGUAAACUAAAGACACAUUCAACUUUUGUUUGAGACUUGGAAUCUGGGAUUCUUGGAAUACGCCUUUUAACGGCAUCGCCGUUUUGAGAAGUCUAUUGUGAAUUUGGCAUAAAUGUAAAUGGACUCGAAGGAACAAGCGCACGUUUAAAUUUCUCAAAAUAUUAUUUUUUUAUUCCAAGGACAAGGACAUUUUCCCUUCGGCGUUUUCGCACGACUAUACCUGAAAGGGUGAGGGAAAUUCUAGUAUGGUGUUCUGUAUCAACUUUUUGUGGUGAGUUCCCGUACAUUUAGUAUUUUUUGCUUUACAUUUUUUGAGUGCAAUACAAUGGAUUUUUGACACGCCACAGCACCCUUUACCCAACUGUUUCGCGCUUUUGUGCGACUCACCCCGUUUUAUUUUUUUUUUUUAUCUUUUUAGGAAUAUAAGUAAAUAUUUUCUUUAAGAAAGGGGGCGAGAAUAGUGGACUAUAGGGGCGAAGGCAGGUUUCUGCCUCGGGGGCAGACUGCUGGCUGUCAUGCAGGAUUGAUAGUGGAGUAGUAUGUUUGGACUUGAACAGUUUGGUCCACAAAUAAAUACCAGACGCGUCGUCGGAGAAAAAAACAACAGUUCGAAUCAGUCAAGAAGAAGCAGCAUGAGUGCCCAUUAUAAGAGUCCCGGUUUUCACGCGGGAGCUCCGCCGCCCGGCGCGGUGGAACCAGGCAUUGGGCAGCUCAACGAGCCCCCUAUGCUCGGCAUGAACAUGAACAUUAACGGGGAGUAUACUGGCGGCGGGUUUCAUCCUCGUGGCCAUUCGGAGAUGCACGCCGGUGGUCUACAGCAGCAGCAGCAGCAGCAAGCGCCCAUGCACGGAUUUUUCAACAACCAGCAACCUCAUAGUCACGGACACUCACACGGCCACCAGACUCAUCCGCACCAACAUCAACACGCGCAUUUUGGGGGCAGCUUCAACGGGCCAGAGCAGGGGUCGUCCUGUUUACACGGCGGUAGAAUGAUGGGUUAUGGUGGAGGCAUGGGUCCCCAGCAGGGCUUUGCCGAGGGGUUCGACCCCCUCGCCGAGGGCCAGGCUGGGGAGGGCUUCCCCCAGCAACAGCAACAGAGGCCCGGCUCCAUGCCUGACUUCCAGCACCACGGACCCUCCAGCGGGAACCACCCUGUCCCCGCUCCCUGUCUCCCCCUGGACCAGUCACCCAACCGGGCGGCCUCUUUCCACGGCCUGCCCUCCUCCUCCUCCUCCUCAUCUGAGGGUCACGGCCUGGAGGCCCGACGCCUGCCCCCACAGGGUGGCGUGGAAGGUCUGGACUACAACUUCAACCCCAGUGGUGAGCCCCCCUCCGGCCACUUCGACGUGUCCGUCUUCUCCCCGUCGGAGACCGGAGAGUCCCAGCUGCCCCACUUUGCCGGCGGGGCAGCGGGCAGGCAGGGGGCGGCCAAUUUCUCCGGGAACCCGGCGCUGUCGCGGGGCACCCCGGGGAUGCAGGCCCCCCCCAUCUCAAAGGGACACCCCCAGGGCCCCCAGCAGCAGCAGCAGCAGCCCCAGCCGGGAGGAGGAGGGGUGUUCUUCGAGCGCUUCGGCAACGGCAGAAAAAUGCCCGUGGGGAUGGAAGCGGGGGUGGGGGCCAGGCACACCCUCAUGCAGCAGCAGCAGCAGGCCCUGCUGGGCAGGCAAAACUCCCUUCCCAGGCCCCCCCAGCCCGACGCGGCCAACCCAGGCAUGCAGGACGGCGGAGGGGGCAUGAUGCCCGGCCAGCACAACCAAUUCGAAUACCCCAUCCACAGACUGGAGAACAGGGGCAUGCACCCGUACGGGGACCCCAUGUUCGGCAUGCAGCAGCAGCCCCAGCCCCCCAACCAGCGGCUGCAACACUUCGACUCACCCUACCUGAACGUGGCUAAGAGGCCGCGCUUCGAGUUCCCGGGCGCGGGUCCCCACCACGGAGACGGCUGCGGCAGCUGGGCCGGAGGUCCCGGGGGCGGUCCGGGCAACAUGCACAACCCGGCGGCCGCCAUGGACAACCACCUCUCCCCGUCCGCCUACCCAGGCCUACCGGGGGAGUUCACCCCUCCCGUGACCGACGGCUUCCCCCCGGGACCCCCCUUGCAGCACCCGGGCCACGAGCAAGCACCCCCCACGCUCCAGCAGCAGCACCGUCAGAACGCAGCCAUGAUGAUCAAGCAGAUGGCCUCGCGCAGCCAGCAGCAGCGCAUGCGGGGCCAGCCCAACCUGCAGCAGCUGGGCCACCACGGCCCGGACGUCGUGCCACCCCAGGGCCCCAUGGGCGUCCACGGCGGGCCCAUGUCCCAGCCGGGUUUCGUCGACAGGGAGAAUGGAGGAGGGCGCAUGGUGAACUUCGGCGAUGCGCAGAACCCGCACAUGGCUCAGGAGAGUGCCUGGUUCGCCGGGCCGCACCCUGCGCCCGGCGACAUGAUGGCCAGGAGGAUGGGAGGCCCCGGCGCCGGAGAGGCCGGGUCACAUGACCUUCAGCCCAACGGCAUGAUGUUCCGGCCCGGACCCGGCGGCGUCAACGUGAACGGCAUGGGCAUGCAGGAUCCCAUGAGGAUGCCCGGCGAGGGUCACCUGCAGCCCUUACACUCGCCCAGCCUCCACUCGCAGUUUGGGGCCAACAUGGGCGGCCUCGCGCAAAUGCAGUCGCCCGGCGGAGGCCUGUCCAACGCAGCGGCCGAGCGACGACCCGGUGACUUCGGCGGCAUGGGCGGCGGACCCGGGGCGGGCUUCCCGUACGGCGCCGGCCCGAACCGGCAAGGCCCGCCGCAGCCCGGGCCACACGGCAACCCGCAGGGUGGCGGCGGCAUGAGCACGUCCCCGGGCGGCGGCUACUCGUCACAGUCGGACGUCGCCUUCCCGCCAGGCCCGGGCCAGCGGGGGCCGUCGUCUGUCAGCAAGCUGGGCGCGCUCUCGCUGGGCACGUUCAGCAAGUCCAGCAGCAAGGACAGCGUGUUCGGCCAAAGCUGCCUGGCGGCCCUCUCCACGGCCUGCCAGAACAUGAUCGCCAGCCUGGGCGCCCCCAACCUCAACGUCACCUUCAACAAGAAGAGCCAGGGCGGCGGCGGAGGCGGCGAGGGCAAGCGCAAGCUGAGCCAGACGGGCGAGGAGGUGAACAGCGGGCCUGGCGGAGGGGGUGGCGGCGGCACGGCGAACGGGAACGCCGGACCGGACUACUUCCCCUCGGGCGGCGGCGGUGGUCAAGCCUCGCAACCGGGCAACGGCACAGGGCCCGGCAACGGCAACAACAAUGGCAAGCCCAACAACGGCGGACAGAACCAGAAUCAAAACCACACGCCGGUGCAGGGGGAAGCCAGCGCCCUCUCCCCAAACUACAACAUGGACGCUACCCCGUGCAGUGAGGCGGCAGCGGGGAAGGCGGCGGCAACAGGGAGCGGGAGAGGGAGGGGGAGGAGGAAAAGGGACAGCGGCCACGUGAGCCCUGCCAUGUUUUUCUCCUCCGACAGCGGCAACCCUGUUGUGAGUCCGGGCCAGCCGGCACCCCCACCGGCCGGCCUUGGGGAGAGGGGCAUGGGAGGGGGAGGGAGCGGAGGAGGAGGAGGAGGAGGAGGAGGAGGGGGAGGGGGUGGGGGAACGCCUCAUCACGAGAAGGCCCUGACGUCGUCGUCGCCCCCCUGGGCUAAAGGUGGCGACCUGAUGCUGGGCGGCGGGGAGCAGGCGGACCUCAUGUCCUCGCUGGACAGCGGCAUCCAGAGCGUGGUCUCCAAGUCGGACGGCUGCUCGCCGCACGUGGACUUCCCCGAUGACCAUCACUACGGCAACGAGGACGAGGUGUCGUCCAGCUCCGACGCCGCCAAGGCCGGCAGCGGCCGGAGCCCCAGUUUCGGGGGCUCCCCGAAACUGUCACAGCGGGGGGACGGCGGCAGCAGCAACGGUGCACUGAUGAUUGGACAGAAGGGACAGAGCAGCCUAGCCAUGGCUAACCACACUACCUCGACCACGUCGGACGGAUACGGACACGGACUUGGUGGCACUGGGGGCGGAGGGGUCAACGGGGGUCACCACCAUCCCCACAAUCCCCCCGGCACGCCGGGCAUGGAGCAGCAGGUACGGACGCCCUCCUCCUCCACCUCCGGCACCUCCCCUGGAGGAGGCCAGGACGAGAUCCACCCUCUGGAGAUCUUGCAGGCCCAAAUCCAGCUGCAGCGCCAGCAGUUCAGCAUCUCCGAGGACCAGCCCCUGGCCAUGAAAAAUGGCGGCGGCGGCCCUGGUAAAAAGGGUGGUGGCGUCCCCACCACGGACUGUAUCGGGCAGAACGGGGAUAUGGACCUUUCCGGGUGCAGCCCGGACGCGGCCAGCCUCAAAGGCGGCAUGGGCACUAUUGACCUGGACACGCUGAUGGCGGAGCAGCACGCCACCUGGUAUGUGCCUGACGACAAGGCCCUGCUGGAGGGCACAGAGGAGGGCAGUAAGGCCCUGACCCCGCCAACGCCGCCGGCAGCACCGUGGGAAAAGACAAAGGGCCAGAGCAACAUGAAAGAAGAUGCAGACAUGUCCCAGAGCAAGUCCUCGGGCGGUGGCUUAGGAGCUCCCCAGGGCCCCGGAGGAGGAGGAGGAGGUGGAGGUGGAGGUGGAGGAGGAGGAGGAGGUGCGGGGAGCCACCUGCAGUGCCUGUCGGUCCACUGCACGGACGAGCUGUCGGAGGGCAGCAAGGGACGCGGUGGCAGCGUCCCCGUCUCCUCGUGGCGCUCCCUGCACUCGGACAUCUCCAACCGAUUCGGCACCUUCGUGGCCGCGCUCACCUGAGACUUGGACGCGGAGGGGGUCAAAGGUCAAGAUGGAGUUCAAACUCACCUGAGAGUUGGGGGG